UUAAAAAAAAGUAGGUGGUGGGGUGUGGGUUAACUUCUCAAAAAGUCAGCGCGCAACUUUAGUCGUUAUCUUUUACUCAUUUUCUGUGCGUCAGAGAAGCUAGACGUAGCGUAUCACUUACCGGUAAUGGGCUCUUCACUUGGCUCCAGGAAAAUCUUCCAGUUUUUUCGAGUGUUCGCUUUGGAAAGGCUUCUUUUCAAGCUGAGGGGAUAGUUGUUAACGUGGGCAGGCGAGGGCCCAAAUAACCGGUUGAUGGCAGCCAAGACGCGAAUGGACGAGCACAUAUUUGGCGGACAGGAGCUUUAAGCGAUUACAGGUCAAUAUUCUUAAAAAUAACAUAAUUUUCAAUAGGAAAAUAUAAACAUUUUGGUUUAAACACGUCGCAGCUGUUGCUGAGCCGUGCGCAAAAUGCGUGCGUAAAGUCGGUGGCACUUCAAAUAAGUCAAGUUCUUCAGCUGCCGUUUGGCAUUAGUUUGUUUUUUUUGGCAAUCAUGGCAAAAUGGUUUCGAGAGUUUCCCAUCAACCUGAAGAACGGCAGCGAACGAGGUCGUUCGGCCUCCGAAUCAGGCCCACAAGCACGACACAAACCUUCGUUCUCCCGCGACAGCCUGAAGGGAACCCCGCGUAAAGAUAACGGAGUGGCUGCUUUACUAGCAGGGAGAAAUCGGAAGAAUUCGGCCACGGAUUUGGGUCGUAGCCAAAACACCGGCUCUGCGGGUGGAACGGUGUGGGAAACCCUAACGCCCGGAAAAAAUCGCAAGACCUCCUCCAAGGUGGAGGCGCCCGAGGAGAAGGCUCAGGCGAGGACCACCAGCUUGGCCCAGGCUUACAUUAGCAGGAUGAUCAAAGUGGACAAGCAGGACAAGACCCCCAAACCGAACGGGAAAAGUGAGCCGACUAAAACCGACCCGGACAAUGGACGCUCUGCCAUUAAUACAACGCUGAUUAUCCUCGAGGACUAUGCAGAUCCUUUCGACGCGGAGAAAACCAAAGAACAGAGGGAGGCGGAGCGAGCUGGAGUGAAUGACGGUUACAUGGAGCCUUAUGACGCCCAGGUGAUCAUCACAGAGGUUCGCCGGCGGGGCUCCAAGGACCUCCUCAAAGUAUGCGUGCUGCUCGACCCAGGCCAGGCGGCUGGGAAGGUAGAGGAGGGCAGACCACCGCCGCCUAAUAUCUACGAUACGCCGUACGAAGGCAGACUGGAGGGCGACAGCGAGGGCGUGUGGAUCCCCGUCACGCGACCAGAGUCUGACAUCCGUCCGGCCGCCGAGUACGAGCUGCCCUGGGAGUGGAGGAAGGAGGACAUUGUUCGAGCCCUGUCAGCCCAGUUUGAGGCAGUGGAUUGUUCUCCCACUAAAGAGAUCGGUCGUCAGCAGCAGCAGCAGCAGCAGCAAACUCUGAGACAGAAGAACUGGACGCACAAAACACUGGUGUCCACCUCUUCAUCUUCCUCCUCCUCCUCACCCUCCUUUCCCUCGUCACCCAUUCUCAAGCUUUCCCCGAUAACAACCUCGUCCCCGUCAUUCCCCACCCUGAGACUCUCGCCCUCUUCCAACCCCAACAAACCUCCCUCUCCUACCUCGCCGAACGCCCCACUGGAUGGGGAGUCGGUCAAAGUGGACCCCAGCCUGUCACUGGACAAGCAGAGCUGGUACCAUGGCGGCGUGAGUCGGCAGCAGGCUGAGGCUCAGCUGCAGCGCUGCAGGGAAGCCAGCUUUCUGGUGAGAGACAGCGAAUCAGGAACCAGCAAGUACUCCAUCGCUCUGAAGACCAGUCAGAGUUGCGUGCACAUCAUCGUGGCCCAAACGAAGAGCAGCAAAGGCCUGGGCUACACUUUGGAUCAGAGUAGCUGCGUCUUCACCAGCAUCCCUGAGCUGGUGCACCACUACUGCACGCACAGACUUCCCUUCACCGGGGCUGAGCACAUGACCCUGCAGCACGCCGUGCAAAGGUCGUAUUUGUAACGGGCGUGAUACGUGUACUUAAAGAUGUGCUGCUGAGGGAUGUCCUGUUUACCGUUUUAUUUGAGGGGGCGAGAUGAUAGAAAUUGUUUUGGAAAAAGGGCAGGCCGAUCAGAUGAGCAAGUAGAAGAGUAAAUUACGCCGACACCUUAGUCAGGAGGAUCUCGGCUUUAUAGAAAUUAAAAACCUUGUGUGGUCUUCAUUUUAAAAACUUUGGACAGGCUUAUUGUUUUAGUGCACCGCCAUUACUUCAAAGGACUCAUUUUGGUCUACUCAACGUAUUACAUGAGACCAGUGUUUCAGAAAUUUUGAGCCAAGGAAAAUAUGUUAUAUUCAAAAAAAUCUCAUGGCAUGCCAGCAAACAAAAAAGUAAAAUUAAAUUAAAAAGUGAUGACACAUUUCAAUUAUGUACCUUCUACCAUUUAAUGGAAGAGGAUCUAAAUGUGCUGCCUGUCUCUAUAAAAUUCCGGCAUUGAUAGAUGAAAAUAAUACAUCAUUUGUUAGUAAAAAAAACAAAAGAAAAUUUAAUACAAUUGGAUCUGUGAUUGGGAAUUACAGCAUUACACUUUUUAUGGUGAAAACAAAAACUCCGCGUGGAAUUACAGCAUAACCUCUAAAGUCAAAAGGCCCUUUAAAAGUAAAAACCCUGCCGAUUCCAGCCACCAAUAAAGACAAAAAAAAAGGCAGACGUCUUCCUCUGCAGUAGUUGGCGCUACACGCGGCAGUUUGACCAAUCGGUGAAACAUCAACUGU